UACUUGUACAUUUUCCCUAUAUUAUAUAAUUGUAUCUUCUGCACAAAUUGUACCAAACCAAUACACUGUUAGACCAAAAGGGUAAAUAUCAAGAAUUUAGAACUAACAAUUAUCCUUUAAAAAAUGGCAGAGGAAAUCAGCACCCUCCAAAGCAAAAGGUAUGCAGUAGUGACUGGUGGAAACAAAGGAAUAGGAUAUGAAACAUGCAAGCAAUUAGCAAGCAAAGGAUUAGUGGUAGUGUUGACAUCAAGAGAUGAAAAGAGAGGGAUUGAAGCUAUUGAAAGGCUUAAAAAGGAGUUAAACAUUACUAAUAAUAAUGAUCACAUUUUGUUUCAUCAACUUGAUGUUAUGGAUCCAGCUAGUAUUUCUUCUCUUGUGGACUUUAUCAACACAAAUUUUGGAAGGCUCGAUAUUCUGGUUAACAACGCAGGGGUUAGUGGAUUAAUGGUGGAAGGAAAUCUUGUUAUACUAAAAAAUUUAAUUGAAGGAGAUUUCGAGACCAUUUCUACUGAAAAUCAAGUUGAGGACGAAAGUGUUGUGGAGAAAUCAAUUGAAGGUAUCGUUACAAAUUAUGAGUUGACAAAACAAUGCAUAGAGACAAACUUUUAUGGUGCAAAAAGGAUGAGUGAAGCAUUUAUCCCUCUCCUUCAACUCUCUAAUUCACCAACGAUUGUUAAUGUUGCUUCUUUCUUAGGAAAAUUGAAGUUAUUGUGUAACGAAUGGGCUAAAAAAGUGCUAAGUGAUGCAAAAAGCCUAACAGAAGAAAGGAUAGAGCAAGUGUUAAAUGAAUUUCUCAAAGAUUUUAUAGAAAAUUCAGUUGAAUCCAAAGGAUGGCCAACUUACUUUGCAGCUUACAAAGUGUCAAAAGCAUCGUUGAUUGCCUACACAAGAGUUUUAGGUUCAAAAUAUCCGAAUUUUCGCGUUAAUUCGGUGUGCCCUGGCUAUUGUGGUACAGACAUGACUGCAUAUACUGGAAGUUUAACUGCUGAAGAAGGUGCUGAAAGCUUGGUGAAACUUGCUUUGUUGCCAAAUGAUGGACCUUCUGGCCUCUUCUUUUACAGAAAGGAUGUCACCUCGUUUUGAACAUUUGGCUAAUUCAACUUUUAAGUAAUAACUUAUUAUCAAUCAACUGCUCCAUAAGAAAUAAGUCGGGUUGGUUGUAUGAAUUAUUUGUCUAUUCAGCUAGAUUAUGUUUUAUUCUUACUUGUACUACUUUCAUUGCAAACAACAGGCCUACUAUAAGUGUCAUGUUGCUCAGACACUUCUAAAGAAAAGUUGAACUUGAGUCUGAAUCCAAAAAUAAUAGUAUGGUGCUUGUGUUUGAUACUCAAAAGAUAUGAUAUUAUUGUGCUUGUUA